AUGGUUGCCGACUCAAACCCCUACGAGACAGAUGCGACACGGAUACCCAAAGACGACCCUUAUAUCUCCCGGAGUCCGCAAUACGGCCGCUAUGCGCCUCGUGAUGACGAUUUUAAACCCCGCUACGAUCGUUGGUACCAGUCGGAACCCGAGGUGAAUGCUUACUGGGAGGAAGUUGUCAGAAAGACAUGUAUUCAAGGAAACUCCUUGAACGACCCCAGGACUCAAGAUGCUUUCGUUACUGGUAGCGUGGUCAUUCGGGUCGACGAAGAAAGCGUGGACGAUUCAUCUGCGGAAAAAUACUCGUACGUUAACGCCAACGAGAUUUCGUCGGCAAGAAAAGCGGAGGAUGCGCUCAAGGAGAUCGGAGUCGCUGUGCCGGUGGUAUACUUCUGUGGGGUUGUUGAUGGGAAGAAUGUCACGGUUGAGUCGCGCGUACCUGGGGUGUCUUUGGAAGUUGCGUGGAGAUAUCUUACGCGCGAACAGAUUGAUAGGCUCAAACAGCAGUGCCGCCGUAUCAUUCAACGAUUGGCUGCCGUCGACGGCGCUUCAGAUGGACCAUCUUAUAUCUGCAGCGGACUCAACUCACAUCUCCCGCCCGAUGCCUCCGAACAGGAGAAGAAAAUAUUGUUCAAGGAAAAAACAGAGCAGGAUACUUUAUAUUUGACUCACAAUGACAUGGUUAGGUCCAAUAUCAUUGUCAAAGAUGAUCAGGUGGUGGGAGUUCUUGGCUGGCGACAAUGUGGUUUGUUUGGUCUCGACCGUGCCGCCAGAGUGCAUAGAGUUUUCAGGGUUCCGGAAAUAUCAUACCUUAGUGGGGAUGGGGAUGAUGGUGAUGGAGCGAUGGCAUGGGCCGAUCUUUAUGACGGGGUCUCGGAAGUAUCAGUGAAGAGUGAGGCAACAACGCCGCAAGAUGCUACAGAGCCGCAAGUAAAAGCAGAACCCACGGCCAUGAGUUUGGACAAGUUGCCGGCCAGUGAAGAGGCAGAUUCCAAGUCUGCAUUGUGUCAACUCGAUGGCGCAGAUCUCUCAAACGAACAUCCCACGCCAAAGAAAGUCGCUGAUCUCAAGCACGGCCUGGCCUCUAGAGCAUCAUCAUCGGAUCGAUCUUCUCCUGCAAAUUCUACCAAAGGCGCAGCAACGGGAAGAAAAUCCACGGGCGGCGCGAAAAAGGGAACGGCGAGAAAGUCAACAACUCAAAAGCGCAAGGUCAAUGACCAAGAUGCUGAAAGUGUCGACUCUCGACGUUCUAACACACCCUCAUCAACUCGCGCCAGCAAGACUCCCGCUACGAAAAAGCAAGGCUCAGCGUCCGCAGCGGGAUCGCCAGCACCAGCACCAGCGCCCCAACGUAAACCAAAGAAGUCUAAGAAGGCCGCUAAAAACGAAGAUGAUGAUGAUGACGAUGAAGAUGGUGUCUUUUGUAUCUGUCGCAGAGGAGAUAAUCAUACUUGGAUGAUUGGUUGUGAUGGGGAAUGCGACGACUGGUUCCACGGGAAGUGUGUCAACAUUGACCGAAGGGAUGCUGACUUGAUUGACAAGUAUAUCUGCCCGAACUGCCAUGAGAAAGGAAAAGGAUGCACCUCUUGGAAACCAAUGUGCCGCUUGCCGGAAUGUCGGAAGCCCGCACGUGUCAACCAGAAAGGACCAAGUAAAUACUGCUCAGACGACCAUGGCCGGGAAUUCAUGCGUCUGAAAACACAACAUUUCCGCCUGGGUUCGGGAGCAGCAACUAUAGAUGGAGAUCAAGACCCCAAGACCCCAGACGACAUUGGCAGCAGAGGCGGCGUUCUCACUGCCAGUGAACUCAAAGCGGCUAUAACGGAUGUUUCGUCUGCAAUAGAAUUCCGCAGACUAGGCGAGCGUAUCGUCACACCACCACCGGAAGAAGACGAAGAUGACAAGAAGAACGCUGAGAUAGAGGACCAACCUAAGAAGGAAAAGAAGCUUGGCCUAGACGUCGACGCCAAGGGCCUCACAUACACCCCGGACGAAGCAGCCAAACUCGAAAAACUCCGCAAACGACGCGACGAGAUACUCCACCGCCAGGGACUGCUGACAUCACGCGACGCCUUCAUAAACCUCGUCCGUCAAAGGUCCAAGACGAUUGUAGAACGGUUAAAACAGACAGAUCCCAAGGGCGGAUGGAAGGAUAUCUGCGGGUACGACUCGCGGGUAGCAUGGGCCGACGAGGAAUUCGACGAAUGGAGACAGACUCCAACCGGCGAGAAGGCGAUGAAAGACGGUACACUCGAUCCUCCUACCGAUGCAGAUGGCGAUACCGCCAUGGACGACGGCAACGACAAAGAUGGGAGUGACAAUGAGGGUGAUAAUGGUAUUGAAACCCUGGCUCGCGGUGUUUGUACCAAGAAACGGUGCGAAAGACACAAACAGUGGGUCAAAGUACAUCAGGAGGAUAUCCUGUUCGAGAAGAACACAGCUAAAGAGGACCUUCGGAAAUGCGAGGACGAGGCCCAGAUCGUGGUUGAAAGAGCUGUUCUAAGGAUGUGGGCGGAAAUGGAGAAUGCCCAUGUUGGCGGGACUUAG